GCCGGCCCUGUCGGCCGCGGGAUGAGGAAGCGGACCGAGCCCGUCACCUUGGAGCAUGAGCGCUGCGCCGCCUCGGGCUCGUCCUCUCCGGGCUCGGCCGCCGCGGCGCUGGACGCCGACUGCCGCUUGAAGCAGAACCUACGCUUGGCGGGCAAAGGGCCGGCCGAGCAGCGCUGCGCAGCCGACGCGGGCAUGAAGCGGGCGCUGGGCAGGCGAAAGGGCCUGUGGUUCCGCCUGAGGAAGAUUCUCCUCUGUGUUUUGGGGUUGUAUGUUGCCAUUCCAUUUCUCAUCAAACUGUGUCCUGGGAUACAGGCCAAACUGAUUUUCCUGAAUUUCGUGCGGGUUCCCUAUUUUAUUGACUUGAAGAAACCACAGGACCAAGGUUUAAAUCACACCUGUAAUUACUACCUCCAGCCAGAGGAAGACGUGACCAUUGGAGUCUGGCAUACCAUCCCCGCCAUCUGGUGGAAGAAUGCCCAAGGGAAGGACCAGAUGUGGUAUGAGGACGCCUUGGCUUCUAGCCAACCCAUCAUUCUGUACCUGCACGGGAAUGCAGGUACCAGGGGUGGCGACCACCGCGUCGAGCUCUACAAGGUUCUGAGUUCCCUUGGUUACCACGUGGUCACCUUUGACUACAGAGGCUGGGGGGACUCGGUGGGGACGCCGUCUGAGCGAGGCAUGACCUACGACGCACUCCACGUUUUUGACUGGAUCAAAGCAAGAAGCGGUGACAACCCUGUGUAUAUCUGGGGCCAUUCCCUGGGCACCGGAGUGGCGACAAAUCUGGUGCGGCGCCUGUGUGAGCGAGAGACGCCUCCAGAUGCCCUCAUUUUGGAAUCUCCAUUCACUAAUAUCCGCGAGGAAGCAAAGAGCCACCCGUUUUCAGUGAUAUAUCGCUACUUCCCUGGCUUUGACUGGUUCUUCCUUGAUCCCAUUACCAGCAGCGGAAUUAAAUUUGCAAAUGACGAAAAUGUGAAGCACAUCUCCUGUCCCCUGCUCAUCCUGCACGCCGAGGACGACCCAGUCGUGCCCUUCCAGCUCGGCAGAAAGCUCUACAACAUUGCGGCACCAUCGCGAAGCUUCCGAGAUUUCAAAGUUCAGUUUAUCCCCUUUCACUCAGAUCUUGGCUACAGACACAAGUACAUCUACAAGAGCCCUGAGCUUCCACGGAUACUGAGGGAAUUCCUGGGGAAGUGGGACCCGGAGCGCCAGCACUGAGGCUGGCCACGUGAAGGAAGCAUGAGGACCUCUGCCCUGCCCCUUGCCCGGCCAUCAGCAGCCUAACACCCUGGCACCCGGAGGCGCCUAGGAACCCAGCUUCCACCUGGAGAGAGGACUGGACACCAGCCCGUGCAGGUGGCCAGGAGCGUGGAGCAUGUGUGGGAAACUCAGCUGGCCGGCACGCAGCCCUGGCUCCCGGUUGCUGCACCUGGCCUGCUGUUGUUGGGCAAACCAGAGCAAAGCAGGCAGUGUCACCUGGUGCAGCCAGGACUGGGCUGGGGGCUUGGGACCACCAUGAGGUCUCCGGCACCUGCAGAAUGGACUCGAGGUCCCGGAGGCCCCUCCUGCCCUCCUACCUGCUUGCCUUCCUUGGGGGUCCCCAUUCCCCUGGGCAGCCCACUCACCCACAGCAGGGGAGCCGCGACCCGCACUUCUCCCAUUCCACCCAACUGUCCGCCUAACCUGGCCUUAGACUGAGCAUUUAUUUAAGAAUAAAAUCGUGGUGGUGGUCUGUCCCUUAGUGAUGCUUCCUGCCC